AGGAAAUAACAACGCACGCAUCACACAGUUUAAGCAUAGUCUCUUGACGAAUCGCACGUACGCGAAUACGCUCUGCAAUUUGCAGCUGAUUAUUAAAGAUUUAUUUUAUACUUGAAAAUAAUAUUUAAUUUAAAUUUAAUAAUUUAUCUUUAAUUUAAAGUGGUGAAUAAUAUUUAAAUAUCGAUAUCAAAAUGGUUUUAGCUGAAAGAAAUUCGGAAAAUGUAAGAAAUGGUAGGCGAUCUAGAGGUCCCAGCCCUAAUCAGUCUGAAUCCUCGAGUGAAGAAGACGGAGUUCCUGCGGAAAAAAUAAGAGUUGGAAGGGACUUUCAAGUGAUUGUCCCAGAAUUUAUUCCAGUAAAUGAACGACGGUUAGAUAAGUGUCCUGAUAGAGCUCUUUUAGUGUGGUCACCAACUACUGAUAUUCCUGAUCAAAAAUUGGAUGAAUACAUAAUAUUAGCUAAAGAAAAAUACGGAUACAAUGGCGAACAAGCAUUAGGAAUGCUUUUUUGGCAUAAACAUAAUUUAGAAAGAGCAGUUUUAGAUUUAUCAAAUUUUACUCCAUUUCCUGAUGAAUGGACCGUUGAAGAUAAAGUAUUAUUUGAACAAGCAUUUCAAUUUCAUGGAAAAAGUUUUCACCGUAUACGACAAAUGCUUCCGGAUAAAUCGAUAGCGAGCCUCGUUAAAUAUUAUUACAGUUGGAAAAAGACAAGGUCUAGAACAUCUUUGAUGGAUCGUCAAGCUCGAAAGUUAACGAGUGGUGGAAAAGAUGGUGAAAAUGGCAGCGAAAAUGGCAGUGAAUUAGGAUCAAAUACAGACAGUGAAUCCGAGGAAAAAAAAUGGACGAUCCACCGCGGAAUACGCCGUGGAAAAAACCAAACAGUGCCAGGAAGCCAAGGCGCCGACGGCAAAGCUUCUUCCGACUCGGAAAACAUCCCUCAGGUUCAGGGAUCUUGUAGCAACUGCGGUGUUGCUUGUCAUAGCGUUCGUGCAACGCCCAAAGGACACGCGUGUCAUAGCUGCUAUCUGCACUGGAGACGUACGGGUGUCGCGAGGCCGCUGAGUUCCAUGCCGGGUCGUUCAAAUAAAAGAAAACCCCCGCGAGGACUGGUAGUAAAUCAUGACGAUCUUGCUGUCCUGGCUGGCCAGCCUAAUCAGGCAAACAACAGUUUACAGGCUAUCGACACUGAAAUUAUAAGCCUUAAACGACAAAUACAAACUAAUAAACAACAAGUCAGUGCACUCAAACGUAAAACAGUUGAUGGCAUUGAUGAUUUACGUCCACCUGAAGUUACCAAUCGUAUUAAUGCACGAUGGACUAAUGAUGAGUUACUUUUAGCCGUUCAAGGUGUACGUAAAUAUGGAAAAGAUUUUUCAGCAAUUGCUGAUGUUAUUGGAACUAAAACUGAAGCACACUUGAGAUCAUUUUUUGUAAAUUAUCGACGGCGAUAUAAUCUUGAUGCUGUUUUGAAAGAAUAUGAAGCUGAAAAUGGACCGAUUCUUAUUGAUGAUGAUAAAGAUGAGAAGAUGGAGGUUGAACAAACGCCGAAUAACGAAUCACCCGAAACAUCACAAAGAUCUAAAUCAUCAACUAAUGUUAAUCAGACUGCUAAAUAACAAAUGUCUUAUGUUGUUAAUAUAACUCAGAGUAAUUAAUUAUAUAAAUUAUGAAAUCUAUCAAGAACAGCUAUACUAAUUGCAAAAAAUAAAAAACGUUAAUAUUAUAAA